AUAAGCAAAUAUCACCCUUAUUUGACAUAUUUCAUCUUACUUAGAUUUCAGUUUUUGCAGUGCACAUUUUCAUAGCAGCUCUCUCUGACGUUCUCCUCGUGUUCUCCUGCGUGGUUCCCUCUGCAAACCUGAAGGCACUUCCUCAAAUCCCCCAACUUUGACGGCUGGUUCCGCAACAGGAGGAAGGAGAUGACCCAGAAGCUGGAGGCCCUGCACCUGGAGGCGUUGAGCGAGGAGGACCUGCAGGAGAGAGUCCAGAAGCACUCGGAGGUGGAGACGGUGGAUCUGAUCUUGAAGUUGAAAGAUAAACUGAGCCAGGCGGAGAGGGAGCGUCUGCUCGUGCGACCCGGCACCGUGGCCCAGCUGAGAGCUCACAUGGAGGGCAUCAUCUUGUCCUUGCCAGAGGACCUGCAGGGCAUCCUCCACAAGCCCUCCACGCCGUGACCUUUGACCCACCACCACCACCACACCUCUCCACAGGUGCGGCCUCCUUGUUCUCGGAACGACGUGGAAACGGCACAUUUCAUUCCCACUGAACAGGCCCCUGAUCCCGCGUGACCACCACGUGACCACCACGUGACCACCGUGUGACCACCACGUGACCACCACGUGACGGCAACUCGAGAGGCUGGACCUCCUCGCAACAAAAGGAAGACGUGUGGGUCAGAACUUUUGCUUACUUGCAAUGUUUUUAACCACUUUUUGUUUGUAUUUUUGUUUUGUACUUUUUUUAACCCGGCAGUCUAGUGGAGCUGCACUUUUUAAAGCGGCUCUCUACUUUUUUAAAAACACACUAUCGACACACACACACUAACUGUCCGCAGAAACAAAAGCCUUGUAUUUUAAUAGCUAAACAUCGGGUCAACAACAACACGCACACAGCUGAUUCAGCACCAGCGACUCAAAUCGCUUCCGGAACCGCCAAUAGCGCUCCUCAUUCCAUGUCACAUGACCUCCUCGCAUAUGAAGACCGGUCUUUGACUACGGAUAUAAAGUGUAAGCUUUGGAACAUUUUUCAACCCUUUGAAAUGAAAAGGUCUGGGAAAUUAACUGGCAUUUGUGACAAUCCAUUUUUUUUAAAGCCCAUCUCCACAAACACAAUAAUAAACCAAAUAUACCAUAAAUGCUCCAAUUAUAGCCGAGGUGUAAUUAAUCUCUCUCAUAAACUUGUUUUUUAACUUGGAGAAUGAUUAGGAGUACAUUUCUUUAAGCACUACUGCACAAGCAAUGUUGUAAUACUUGCUCAGUCAGCAAUAAUACUGCUGAUGAGGUCAUUGUACACAGGUAACGCUGCUGGAUGCUAACCAUAAAUACAGCUCAUGUGGAGGUCAUUAAAAAAUAAUAUCAGGAGGUUGCCUACAGCCACAGCCGUUGAUGCCCACGUUUUCUGACUCCAGUUUUCGUAAUA